AUGCAUCUAUUCGAUAAAUUACGAGCAAGUUUUCGACGAAAAUCAAAUAAAACUGAAUUAACAUUAUCUCAACAAAUUGAAAAUUUACUUAAUCAAUCAAAUGUAUCCCAAGGUGAUCACCGUUUACUUUUACUUCGUCUAGUUUAUGAACAUCGAUCAAGACAAUUUGAUGCAUUAAAUGUGCCUUCAAAUGAUUCUAAACGUCUUGAAUUUGAAAGAUCAAUGCUUAAAAGUCUUCUUGCAAUAACAUCAUCGUCCUCAUCAUCAUCAUCAGCAGCAACAACAAUGUUAGGAGAUAAAUCACAAUCAAAUUUUCAACGAUCAUCACGUCUAUAUAAAUCAAUGCCAAUGGCGACCUCUGAUUUGCCAAUAAUUAUUGUCGAAUUUGGUCAACAACGACAACGUAUUAAAUUAAAUAAAAUUCAGUUUACUAUAAAUGAAUUAUUAGAAUUAUUUUCUCAAACAUUUCAACAUGUAAUUAAUUUUAAAAAAUAUGAAAUUUUCUUAUGUAAUAAACGAAUUGAUUCUAUGACAAAUAUUGAUUUUUCUCAAAUAAAUAAUGAUCAACGUUUUAAAAUCGAAUUAAAAAAUAAUCGAGCCAUAGAACAAUUUUAUUCAUUCAAUCAAAAUGAUUUAUAUGCUUCAUCAAUCAAUAGUGAGACAAAUGAAAUUACUUCAUUGAAACAACGACUGAAUAGAGUAUCAAUGGAAAUAACAGAGAUUGCUCUUCUAAUCAAUUCUAUUCAAACAAAUUAUAAAAAUCUUAUGAAAACACUUAUUGAUGAAGACAAUCAAACAAUUGAUUCACAUAAAUCAAUGAUUGAAACAUCAAAUAAUUCAUUUGCUAAAAAUCUUGUACAUCAACCUAAUGAAGAUCUAACUGUUCCACCUGGUUUUAAGCCUUUAUCAAUGACGAAUCGUACAUCUUCGCAAGAUUCUCAAAGUACUGAUGAAGGCAUUGAUCGUGAUACUGGAAGUGCAUCAAUAUUUGAAUCAGCACAUAGUGAUAAUGGAUUUGAAAGUAUUUAUUUUGAAUGCCGUGAAGAUGCAACAAUUAUAAAUGAACCAAAUCCAAUAACAAUCAAUGACAAUAGUAAACUUGAAUGGCGUAAUCAAUCCUAUCGUUCUCGUCCACGUUCUCAUUGGAACAGUAAUAAAGUCAAAUAUCAAACAAAUUAUAAUAAAGAGCAAUUUGGUGAUAGACCGCAUUUGAAAAAACCGAUUAAUCCAAAUAAAGCACCAUUACCACCAGAAAAGAAAAAGAACAUUCCAUGUAAAUAUGCUGCUGGUGGCAAUUGCAAACGAGGUAAAAUAUUGAAAAUAAAUUUAAUCAUUAUGCUUGAAAUUUAUUUAGGAAGUCAAUGUCGAUUUAUUCAUGUUGUUUAG